AUGGACCCCCCACCUCAACCCUCGCCCAAUAAAUUCUCCUACCUCGUGGGCAUAGGCGUAACCCACUCCAUCGCGCCUCCUAUGCACAACCACAUCUUCCGCGCCCUGGGCCACUCGGACUGGCACUUCCAGGCCCGCGAGUGCGCUACCGUGGAAGAAGCGAUGGCGCUGUUCCGGGCGCCGACCUUCAGCGGCGGCGCCGUGGUCACCAUGCCCUACAAGCGGACGAUCAUGGCGCACCUGGACGGGCUGGACGAGCCCGCCGUGACGCUGGGCGCGUGCAACAACGUCUACCGCACCGCGGACGGCGCCCUCCGCGGCACCAACACCGACUGGCGCGGGGUCCUGGGUUGCCUGGAGGGGGCCAGCGCCUCCGGCAGGGGGAAGCCGGCGGCGAUUAUCGGGGCGGGUGGCGCUGCUCGCGCGGCGGUGUAUGCGCUCCACGCUGAAUUGAAAUGCUCCACGAUCUACAUCGUCAACCGGGAUGCAGGUGAGGUGAGGGAGCUCGCGGACGAGUGUUACAGGGUGUACGGCGGGAGAUUGGAGCUCGUGCAUUUGACGCAGGUGGAGCAGGUGGCAGCGCUGCCGGAGCGGCCGUUCUAUGUGGUUGGCACGGUGCCGGAUGCGGAGCCGACUACCCCGGAGGAAGUCGAGGUGCAUGCGAUUGUGGAGGCGUUCCUGGCUUCUGCUCCGGCAUCUGCAUCUACGUCCAUAGAAACCAACGGGAAAGGCGUGCUGCUGGAUAUGUGCUUCAAGCCGCGGCGGACGCGGUUCCUGAAGGCGGCGGAACGGCAUGGGUGGACGACGAAACUGACCCAAAUCGCCGCCGCCGGCUUCCGCGGCGUGGAGCUCUUCUACGAAGACCUGGAAUACCUCGCGCGCGAGCAAUCCCAGGCCGCCGUAACCGAGCCCACCCUCCUGGCAGCCGCCCGCGCCACCAAAACUCUCUGCGACACCCUCCACCUGCAAAUCAUCAGCCUCCAGCCCUUCCUCUUCUACGAGGGCCUCGUCGACCGCGCCGCGCACGCCCAGCGCAUCACCAAACUACGCACCUGGUUCAAACUCGCCCACACCCUCGGCACAGACCUCAUCCAGAUCCCGUCCAACUUCCAGCCCACGGGCACCACCGGCGAUCUGGACGUAAUCGUAGCGGACAUGCGCGAGAUCGCGGAGCUGGGCCUCCAGGAAACGCCCGUGGUGCGGUUCGCAUACGAGAACCUGGCGUGGGCGACGCACGUCUCCAGCUGGGAGACGCUGUGGGAGGUGGUGCGGCGCGUGGACCGGCCGAAUCUCGGGUGCUGUUUGGAUACCUUCAACAUCGCGGGGCGGGUGUGGGCGGAUCCGAUGGCCGUUUCUGGCCAAGUGGUGGGCGAUGCGGAUGGGGUUCUGGCUGAGUCGUUGGGGAGGUUGGUGCGGACGGUUGAUGUGAGGAAGGUGUUUUAUGUGCAGGUCGUUGAUGCGGAGAGGUUGGCGCAGCCGCUUGUUGCGGGCCAUCCGUUUUAUGUGGAGGGUCAGCCGGCGAGGAUGAGCUGGAGUCGGAAUGCGAGGUUGUUCUUGUUUGAGCAGGAGAUGGGCGGGUAUUUGCCUGUUGUGGAGGUGGCGAGGGCGUUUUUGAAAGAACUGAAGUUUGAGGGGUGGGUGUCGAUGGAGCUGUUCUCGCGGUCGUUGACGGAGGCGGAUCCUGCUGUGCCGCGCGAGCAUGCGAGGAGGGGGAUGAGGGCGUGGGAGCUGUUGGUGGAGGAGUUGGCUUUGUAG